AUGUAUCUCGACUCACUCGCCAUCCACGACAUAGUGCAUCCCACAGCUGCAUUCUCGCAGGAUGAAUAUAUUCCAGAUGGCGAGCACCAGAAUACUGGGGAGCCGGCCCAUUACACGAGUGCCUCUAACGAAUGGGAAAACUCUCAGCUCAACCCCAAGAACCGCAUCGACAGCCUUGAUCUCCCCAAGCCGCCCUUGUGGCGCAUCGACGGCUCGGCAGGCCUCGGAACUCAAUACUAUGCAAUACCUCUUUUUUUAGGCCAACUCCCGCCUCUUCGCAUAGAUGCCUUCGUUGCAGAGCAUCUGGGCAAGUCCUCGCCUCUGUUGCGGUCACUGCUCGACCUCGACCAGGCUUUUCACACCAAGGAUGCAGCCAGGGUCAACCGCCUUGGGAUCACUAGGCACAUCGUCCGAGCACUACACGUAUGGGCCAAGAGGCUGAUCGACGCAGGCGAGCUAGAUAAGCUCGAGGGCAUUUUCCUAAGACAGCCAUUUGGAACCAAGCUCAUUUUUGAGAACCUGGAUUUGAACGUAGCCAACAUCAGAAUAAGUGUCGACCCGAAUCACGACCUCGAGCUACGACUGCUUUCAGUUGGGGACCUUGCCGCUAUGUGGAACAUGCCAGUGGAUAACUUUCCGCCGUCUAAGGACAUCACCGAUCUGGAGUUUGUCACACAGCUUCAUGACAGCGUAUGCGUUGUGCGUUCUCACGGGGACGUCGGGAUGGACAUUAAUGGUGAGGAUAAGGGCGAGGGUGAACAGCUCAUCCUCAAAGCCCUAUCAAGCUCGAACCGUUAUCUGUACCACGAGCUCAAGAUUUUGUUGACUAUGCCUCCGCAUCCAAAUAUCAUGUCGAGGCCCAUACAUAUCAUCACCAAACAAUGCAAUUUUGGCAACAAAAAGGGCAUCAUUGGCUUCACACUGUUUUACCAUCGGACAAGCUCGAUCCGCGAUCUGAUACCUUGGAUGCGCAUUCACAACAAGCUCAAAGUACAGGACCAGAUCAAAUGGGCUAUACAACUUACGUCUGCCCUGAUUCAUAUCCGUGAAAUGGGAAAGACGUACUAUCCGGACUUGCGCCUCGACAAUGUCGUUCUCUCGGAAGAAGGCGAUGCCGUCAUGGUUGACUUCGAGCAACGUGGCGUGUGGUGCGAAUUUGGGUCCCCCGAAGUUAACAAUAUUGAAUUCUUGCGAAUUCUUGCGUGUGACGAUCCGUCUGAAUUCACAGGAUCAGAUGCUGAGCCGACGAUUGGUGAAGAGCUGCGCGUUGGCUACUCGGAGCUUUUAAAGCGACUGGUCCCUAACUGGGAGGAGUUGUACUUCAGCAGCGACUACAACAAUCCAUCGCAGGGCUAUAAUAUAGCCUGGAAGGCAUUGACACCGGCUCAGCAGGAAGCUGCCGAGGUGUACAUGCUUGGGAGAGUGCUAUGGUGUCUGUUUGAAGGGCAAGCGGCUCCUAAGCGCGGAGCAGUGUGGCAGUCUUACCGCCGGGAGACAGAUAUCGAGUUUCCAAACUACAGCGAGCGCAUGCCCGCGGCGAUGCGUUCUCUCAUUGACCGAUGCACGGCAGGCAGACGGCAAGCCUGGAGUGAUCAGGUCUCGCGGGUUCGCAGUCGCGUCGUGCUUAAGAGCGGCGAGGUCGUUUCCACCGCCGAGUUACGCCGACUGGCCAAGGAUUGGUGGACGCGAGAGCUGCAAGAGAACGGGCUAUACCUGGAUGCACAGGGCCGCGGCGCCGAUUUGGACAAACUGAAGAGAAUCGACGCUUCGGCACAGCGACCGAGGUUGAGGGAGGUUCUGGCAGAGCUCAAGCAGUUUGAAGCGUCUUGGAAGUGA